UUAGAGAUAGGGUGAGAAGCUCGGUCAUCCGGGAGGAUCUCAGAGUAGAGCCGCUACUCCUCCGCAUUGAGAGGAGCCAGAGCCGGACGCCUCCCUGGUGAGGUGUUCCGGGCAUGUCCCACCGGGAGGAGACCCCGGGGUCGACCCAGGACACGCUGGAGAGACUACAUCCUUCGGCUGGCCUGGGAACGCCUCGGGAUCCCCCCGGAAGAGCUGGAUGAAGUGGCUGGGGAGAGGGUAGUCUGGGCGUCCCUGCUGAAGCUACUGCCCCCGCGACCCGACCCGGAUAAGCGGUAGAGAAUGGAAAUUCUAAGGAAAUAAAUAUGACCAUCUAGUAAAAUAAACUGGGAAUCUGACAGAGUUAACCUAUAUUCGCGAAACUCUUAGACUAUUGGAAAUUAGCUUUCUCCUAAAUCUCCUGCAUCUCUUCAUGUAUUUUGAUAAUGAUUAAUUUAAUUCAUUCAAAAACAAAAUGCAAAUUCAUUCUCAUGCACCCAGCAAAUUAUUGACAAGAGGGAUGUUAGAUCAUUUCUACAACAUGUUGGAUGUAUCUAUUCUAUUCAUGUUUUAACUUGAUUAUUCACAAAUAAACCAAAUAAAAUGUCCUUUGCAAACUUUGCAGAGUUCUGUGACUAAUCUUAUAUGCCUAGAUCAGACUACAGGACCGAUAUUGGCCCGAUAAACUAUCGCGGGGGUGUUCCCAGAUCGGGCCCGACAUACAAUAUUUUGUCGUGAACGACAAAACCUCUUGUUGUAUGACAAAAUCCACGACCAACGAUUUGGCCCUAUGAUGGCCCUACGAUACCAAACUUAAAGGUUUCGCAUGUUUUUUUUGAUAUCUUCGGUGUAGUGCGACAAUAUCAACGACAACUCUCUGACAAGCGCACCUUGCCGUCGACCAAUAGGCUUACGUUUUGUGACCGAUGCGUCGCCUCCCGUGCUUGCCGUUGUCAACAUACUUGGUCACCAUUGUCAACAUUUAUUCACAUUUACAAACCAAUGUUUACUGAAGCGUUAGAGCAUGAUUGGACAGAACAUCAGCAUGUUUACGUACAAACAGUGCUAGCACUAGCCUGCUUGGCUACAUCACGUUUUGUUGGCUGCUUGCGAGCCGUAUCGUAUUAAAAGUGCGUGAACAUACCUCCAGCCCUUCUUGAAUGGACAGCAAAAAACAUGACACCGCAUGUUUCUUUCCUCUUUUGGUCUUUUUCCCCCAACAUUCCCGUAAAGAUCCAUUACUUGACAACAGCUUGUUGUCGCCAUGGUAACGGUUGUAUCCGGUUGCGGUGAAAAGUGACCCCUUUUCUGGUCACGCCUCCCCGACAGUGUUUGCGUUGACAAGAUAAAGCCCAGUGAUCGUCAAAGACAGGAUACGAUGGUAUCGGAGUACUUAUCGUCUAGUGUUGCCACUGCCUGACGGAGUUACAACAAGAUUUGAUGGCAGUAGUCUGACAUUGUGCACCACAGCUGGAAAAUAUAUAUUUGUUCUUCUGUUCUACACACAUUCCUAUCCAUCUCUGUGUACACCCCCAUUCACUGCGUUUUCCACUUGGGGCUGUAAAUAAGCUGGGCCCGUGUAGAUUUUCAAAAUGCCCCCAUCCUUUCACCAUCCCCACAACUCCCUCCAUUAGUCUUCCCCAUCACUGCUAACUUCCCCAAACUCCCUACCCAAACCAGGGCUGCUCUUUAUCCCGCUGGCAGGCACCGGGAAGAUGCUCAGAUGAUCCGUGGACUCGUUCUGAACCAUACUUUCUACGCAUCCCAAGAACGGGACAACUAUCCAGUGUGAGAGUGUCCUUGGAGGGUGCCGUGAGUACCCUGCAGGGCCCAACUGCCUUGUUUGGCCUACCUCCUCACACCUCCUCCCAGCACCGGAGAUGCCCUCGCUUCCCAAUGAUGGAGAGGAUCGAGGAGCAUCCCCCGUGAACUUGCCAUCUGUGGGCUCCUACCAGGGGCAUGGCAAGAGGAAGGUGCACACCAAAAAGAAGAAGGGCAUCAUCAGUGCCAAUGUUGCUGGUACCAAAUAUGAGAUUGUUCGCAUAGUCAUCAAUGAGAUGGACUUUCUGAAGACACGAGAUGAUGACGAGACUGCCAAUCUCAUCUGGAGUGAUUCGUCUGUACAGCAUGAGAAAAUUGCUGAGCUCAGGAAUUAUCAGAGAAUUAACCAUUUUCCGGGUAUGGGUGAAAUUUGCCGCAAAGACUGCUUAGCAAGAAACAUGUCAAAAAUGAUCAGGUGCCAGUCUCAAGAGUACAGCUUUGUACCCAAAACCUGGAUUUUCCCCGCUGAGUACACGCAAUUUCAAAAUUACGUCAAGGAGUUGCGGCGGAAACGCAAGCAGAAGACGUUUAUUGUCAAACCAGCUAAUGGAGCCAUGGGUAUCGGGAUCUCACUUAUCCGUAACUGUGAGAAGCUGCCAGCCCAGGAGCACUUCAUUGUUCAGGAGUACUUGGAAAAACCUUUCCUGAUGGAGGGCUACAAGUUUGAUCUGCGCAUCUACAUCCUUGUCACGUCCUGUGACCCGCUUCGCAUUUUCCUCUACAAUGACGGCCUGGUACGCAUGGGCACAGAGAAGUACCAUGCACCCAGCGAGGCCAACCUGAGCCAGCUCUACAUGCAUCUUACCAACUACUCAGUCAACAAACACAAUGAGAACUUUGAGCGGGAUGAGACGGUGAACAAAGGCAGCAAAAGAUCCAUCAGCUGGUUCACACAGUUCCUGCACACCAAUGGCUACGACGUGGUCAAGUUCUGGGGUGACGUCUCUGAGCUGGUUGUGAAGACAUUGAUAGUGGCGGAGCCCCAUGUGCUGCAUGCGUACCGCAUGUGCAGGCCUGGCCAGCCACCAGGGAGCGACAGUGUCUGCUUUGAGGUCCUGGGCUUUGACAUAAUCCUGGACCGCAAACUCAAACCUUGGCUCCUGGAGAUCAAUCGAGCUCCAAGCUUUGGGACAGAUCAGAAGAUUGAUUUUGACGUAAAGAGAGGAGUUUUGCUCAACGCUCUGAAACUACUCAACAUUAGAGCCAGUGAUAAGAAACGCAACCUAGCACAGCAAAAAGCUGAGGCCCAGAGGCGGCUCUACGGCCACGGAUCCGUAAAGAAACUCUCAGCUGCCUCCUCAGACUGGGAGAGACAGCGUCACACCCUGGAGCGAAGGCGAGAAGAGCUUAAAGAACGACUGGCACAGGUCCGCAAGCAGAUCUGCAGAGAGGCGCAUGAAAAACAACAUCUAGGCAACUACAGACGUAUUUACCCCCCAGACGACAAGCUGCUGUUGGAGAAGUAUGAAAGCCUGCUCUAUUCCGCCUUUCAGACCUUCCUCGCUGGGCGAGCUACCUCGCUUCAGAAGGAAAUGAAUAAUCCUUUGAAACAAAUGAAGGAGGAGGACAUCUUGGAUCUGCUAGAGCAAUGUGAACUGGAUGACGAGAAGCUGAUGGGCAAAUCCUCGAGACAACGUGGCCCUAAGCCCUUGAGCACUAUGGCUGAGUGCAGCCAGACAUUACCACGUCAACGACCAGACUACUUGGCUGACUUCACCAGCAGCAGCAGCGCUGAAAACUCCUGCUCAUCCUCAGAUGAAGAAGAGGAAGAGAGGAGAAAAGCGGAAGGGGAUACUAGAGGUGGAGAAAAAAGGGAGAAGAAAGUCUCUUACGACCUUGGAAGCAAGGAGAAGAACUUGGCUGAACGCUCAGGUCGGAUGCAUUGGAAACCAGCAGUCAAGCCAAUCAAAACCAGUUCGGGCUCUUCUGCUUCUCCGACUCUCUCCGGCCGAAUCAGACGCUCCAUCUCCUGCCCUCGCUCCAUCGCUUCUCUCUCGUCACCCAACGAAGUGCGAGCUCCGUUCACUAGGCCCUCUCCUAACGUUCUGGUUGUGACUACCCCCGUUCGGCCGAGCUCUGCGAUACUACGCUCUCAUUCGUUAAGCCGCAGUGGCUCUGCCCAUCGUGUGCCUCACAGCAACAGCCUGGGCACAAUUCACUCCAACAUUGGUGAUCCACUAAUUAACCUGAGGAGUAAAGAGCAGGAAGCAGAGCUUAUACGUCAGACGUUGACUGCGCUCACAGUCAUGAGGAUCCGAUUUCCCGGAAAAACGGAGGAGGAGGCUGAGGCAGUGUUGGAUGAGAUCCUUGACAACUGGAAAUACCAUAAACCAAAGGUAGCCUCCUAUUGGCUUGUAAAGUUGGACUCUACUAAACAACGGAAGGUUUUGGACAUUGUGAGGACCAAUGUGCGCUCAGCGCUACAGCGGAUCUGGAAAGAGCCAGAUUUGGAAAGCCUCCACCUGUACCGCCUCUUUAACCGUGUCUUCAACCGACUACUCUGGAGUCACGGCCAGGGCCUCUGGAACUGCUUCUCUAACUCUGGUUCAUCAUGGGAGAGCAUCUUCACUAAGAGCAGUGAGGUGGUUUCGCCUCAGGAGCUGCAAUGCUGCCGCAGGCUGGUGCAGCUGUGUCGAGACUGUUUAUUAGUCGUUUACAAGUUUGUCUCCGAGUCCCGGGGCUCUUUGACCGGGCUCAGCCCAGAAUGGGACGACACCAGCGUACCAUUUCCUCCUGGACCAGCCUCUACCCAUGGCUCCACCCCUGCUGCUGUCGCUGCCGCUUCUUCUUCCUCCUCUUCCUCCGUCUCUUCACCCCCUGAUGCAGGUACUGGAACGCUGUUAGCAGGAGCUGCCUCACUGCUUUGUCUCGGUGGAAGGUGUCAUAGAAAAGUACAGUAUCUCCUGCCAGUGACCUCCCAGAUCAUCAUGAAGUGGCCUUCGUCCAGUUUUGGCCGCAUCUCCUUGGCCGCGCCACGCUCACGCAGCCUUUUUGCUGCCAGAAUGGGACACUUCUGAGGUCACCGUGGCUUCGGAGGCUUUCGCCUUUUGACCUCAGUCUGCUUCCUGUGACUUUCUCCCAGUCAAACUCCCAGUAUGGCUCUUCGCUUUUAAGAGCACUGGACACCUGAUGGAGACUCUAUUGUGGCCUAUUGCCCUGAGACAGGGGAUUUGGGACGGCCAACGCUUCCAUUUACAGUUCAUUGGCACUGCCAUCCGAACCCCCUUAAUGUUGCCUUCACCCCAAUAACAGAAGACAGACCCUCCGCUCAUAUUGUAAUUGCUCUAUUUUAACAACUCGCUGUACAUCUACAACUUGUGGUACUGUAAAAGGAAAGCAUACCAGUUAUUUAACAAUGCAAGGAUUUUUAUUUAUGUACUGUAGUUACUUAUUUUGUCAUAUGUUCCAUGCAUGCAGUGAAUGCUGACGCAGAAUGCAGCCAUGGAAUCAUACCCACAAAGCUUAUUUUUCUUUCCAUACUCAAAAGGAAUUUAACUUAUUUUGUAACUUCUAUCAAAAUAUUUGUUCAUAGUGUUUUAUGAUCUAGUUUACAUAACCCCUCCAGUCAAAAAAAAAAAAAAGCUUUCGCACCUCACUUGCGGGAUAUUAAGUGCAGACUUUUUAAACAAUGUUUAGAAUGUAAGUGUAUUGCCACAUAGAGAACACGAUGAGCCAACAACAUCUUGCAGAGCACUUAGUUCCAAAUAUAGUAUAUACAUUGCAGAAGUGCUUGCAUGCCUUGGUUUUUUGCCUGUGAGACAGUGAAGCUGCAUUGGAACUAUACUCAAAGUUGUGUUUGGUUGUCCGGACACUUCCCUUUAAAAUGUAAUUAGUGGGAACAGAUGAAGAUGAUCAAGGGUGUGCUUUUUCCAUCAGAUUAUUUGUGUGCAGCACACUGAAUAAUUAGGACCCUCAGCCCGAACACUGAGAGCAUGGAUGUAACAGUAAAAAACUCAUCUACGUACUUCAUUUAUGUUAAGGUUAAUAUUUCACUGAGCACCCUAGGACUUGUUAAGGACAGUGAAGUCGAGUAAAACAUUUUUUAAAAAGUAUGUUUUUUGGGAGAGAAGUGGUGUUAUAUGUUUAGUAGUUUCGUGGCUCUGUGCACAAACAAAUGUCAAGAGUAAUUUGGUGUGCCAAAAACUAUAGAGCAGCAAUGCUGUUUAAAAUUGCUAAAAAAAAUAACUUCCCCUCAUAUACUGAACAUCAAUUUACAAUGCCAAAUUAUUAUUUAUUAAAUUUUUGUUGAAUUCCACAUGUGUGUUACUUUGAAGACAUUUUUUUUUUCAAUAGAGGAAUGGGAUUUUUAAUGUUAUGGAGCAAUAAAAGGUUUAAACA